AUGUCUUUCGGCCAGCCCGCAGGUGGAUACCUCAACCCGAACAAUGACUACACCAUAGGCGAGACCAUUAAUGAUGGUAUUCAAGAUCUAGCAUGGAGCCCCACAAGUAACAUAUUAGUAUCUGGAAGCUGGGAUAACUAUGUUCGUUGCUGGGAGGUGCAGCAGCAGGGCAUGCAGUUCAAUGCCGUUGCCAAGGCACAAAUUGCACACGAUGGUCCUGUGCUUUGUACCACCUUCAGCGGGGAUGGCAGCACAGUAUUCUCGGGCUCGUGCGACAAGACAGCGAAGAUGUGGGUACUGAACGGACCUGCGCAGGGCCAGCAAAUUGCUGCGCAUGAUGCGCCAAUUCGAAGCAUCGCUUUCAUUCAGGAGGCCAAUUGUGUGGCCACGGGUAGUUGGGAUAAGACUCUCAAGUACUGGGAUACACGCUCACCCACACCUAUGGCCUCCGUGCAGCUUUCGGAGCGCUGCUAUGCCAUGGAUGUGAGGCAUCCUCUGCUUGUUGUGGCUACAGCCGAUCGAAUGGUUCACGUGGUUGAUAUCAGAAAACCAUCGCAAAUCUACAAGUCAAUCCAGUCAAAUUUGAAAUUUCAAACGCGGACAAUUGCGUGCUUUCCAGAUGCUUCAGGCUUUGCUGUUGGAUCAGUUGAAGGACGUUGUUCCAUUCAGUAUGUCGAGGACAAAGACAAAAGAAACGACUUUGCCUUCAAGUGCCAUCGAGACGGAUCAGAUAUAUACCCAGUAAGCAGCAUUGCGUUUCAUCCAUUUGGAACAUUUGCUACCACCGGUGGGGACGGCACAUUCUGCUUUUGGGACAAAGAUGCCCGUCAGAAGCUUAAAACCUUCAACAAAUGCAACCAGUCGAUUACGACCGGCAAAUUUAACGCGCGCGGAGAUAUUUUUGCUUACACACUUUCAUAUGACUGGUCGAUGGGUGUUGAGAAGUAUAAUCCGAAUCAGCCAAGCGUAAUUCGGCUGCACAGUGUGGCGGAGGCGGAAAUAAAGCAAAAGAAAAAGCCAGCCUCUCGAUAA